AUGGCUCCUGUGGCCGAAAUGGGGACAUUUUUGGCCGGCUUGGACACCUUGGGUCAGGUGGGCACUCAAUACCUUCUCCCUCCAGUCAGGGACAACCCUGUCUUCAUCCACGACCUCCCGGGUCAGUCUGAGCGUCUGUCCCGCAGCGCCCCCUCGGACAUGUCUCACCUCCAAGGCAUCCUCCGCCGCCGCCAGCUCUACUGCAGGACCGGCUUCCACCUGCAGAUCCUGCCCGAUGGCAACGUCCAGGGCACCAGGAAGGACCACAACCGCUAUGGUAUUCUUGAAUUCAUCAGUAUUGCAAUUGGACUUGUGAGCAUUAGAGGAGUAGACAGUGGACUUUACCUUGGGAUGAACGACAAAGGAGAACUCUAUGGAUCGGAUAAAUUAACAUCUGAAUGCAUCUUCCGAGAACAUUUUGAAGAAAAUUGGUAUAAUACGUAUUCGUCCAACUUGUACAAGCAUGCAGAAUCUGGAAGAAGAUUUUUUGUAGCUCUUAAUAAAGAUGGGUCUGCGAGAGAUGGUGCUCGUUCAAAGAGGCAUCAAAAAUUCACACAUUUCCUACCUAGGCCAGUGGACCCUGAAAAGGUACCUGAACUCUACAAGGAUAUAAUAGGAAAUAGCUGAUAAUAAGUAUACCGUACCAGAGGAUCUAUAUUGAGUCGGGG